UGAUCCUGCUUCGUUUCUUUGACCUUCAAACCCUAACUAUGGGCAAUACCUUAGGAGGCAAAAAAACCACUAAGGUAAUGAAAAUCGAUGGAGAAACCUUCAAGCUCAAGACUCCAUUGAAGGCUGGUGAUGUUCUCAAGGACCAUCCUGGCCUGGUUCUGCUAGACUCUGAAGCAGUGAAACAUUAUGGUAUCAGAGCCAAGCCUUUGGAACCCCACAAACAUUUGUUGCCCAAGAGACUGUAUUUCCUUGUGGAGCUUCCCAAAGACACUGUGACUGUUCCAAGAAGAGUUCGUUCUGAGAUCAACAUGAGCGCCAAGGAUCGCCUCGAGAGCCUCAUGCUGGCUAGGAGGUCUGUGUCAGAUCUGUCCAUUAUAAAACAAAGCAAGAUGAACGUGAAUGAUGUUGCCGAGAAGGACGUUAACGGCGGUGGCGUGAGGUUGAAGAUGAGGCUUCGUAAGACUGAAGUUGAGAAGCUUGUAAGAGAAGCCAAAGAUGAAGCAGAAGCAGCACAAAAGAUUAUGAGUCUUUGCAUGGAGAAAACUGGUAGUAAUAGCAGCAAAGAAGCAGAGACUAGUACAAAGGCACGUGAGAGGAGGGUGAGUUUCGUGCCGAUCAGCAAAGGAAGCAGUGAAAUAGUUGUGGCUUCUUGAUCAUAUUUCUCUAGUUUUCCGCACGAAGCCAAAACACUACCCGACAAGGAAAGCCGGUCAAGGGGGGUCAUCUGAAAUAUAAUAUUUUAGUCUUGAUAGAUAUAUAGGUGAAUUUUUAAAUUUGGUCUUUCAUACAUAGUUUCUUACAAUCUAAUCCCUCAAUCAAUCAUUGAACGUCUUGCAAUAAUAUAGCGUUCCCUCAUCGCAUUUUCAUCAGAAAAGGGUUAAGUCAACGACGUGUUAGGUUUUCUGUUGAAAAGGAUGAAAAUGGAACAAAAAGUUAAAAACAUGUCAAUGAUUGAGGGAUUAAAUUGGAAGAAAUAUUAUAUAUGGAGCACCAAAUUUAAAAGCUAGCUACUUAUCACGGCCAAUCUAAGAGUUUUGUCUUGAAUAAGGUUGAUGCUACAUUAUAUUAGGUUUGUAACUCUGCCUAUAAUUUGAUGGCUACUUGAAUAUAAACUUCACGGUGCAGAAAAGUUAACGACUAA